AGCUGUGUUCCGGUGACUGAAUUCAAAAAACGACAACAUAACCUCAAUUAAUUUUAUGUGAUUCACUAAAAUUUAAAGUCCGUUUGUCGGUUUUUGUUUUUUAUUUGAUGUUUUUAAAUUAUAUUUACAAGAAAAUCAGGUUCUUAUUCUGAGAUUUGGACAGUUGAAUAUUAAUCGACGCAAGAUGAGAAAGAAUAGCAAGAUAAAGAUUAAGGGGAAAAAAGUAGUUCUUGUUCCUUACAGAAAACAACAUGUCAAAAGGUACAAUGAGUGGAUGCAGUCCUCGGAACUGCAAGAGCUGACAGCUUCUGAACCUCUUACUGAAACAGAGGAAUACGAAAUGCAACAAACAUGGCUUCACGAUGAUGAUAAAUGUACUUUCAUUGUUCUCAAUAAAGAAGUACUCGACAGCUCAACAUGUGAAGAAGACGCCAUGAUUGGUGAUACGAACAUGUAUCUUACGACUGAAGAUGGGAAAGUGAGCGCAGAGGUUGGAAUUAUGAUUGCUGAAUCAACUGUCAGAAGAAAAAGAAUGGGAUGGGAAGCAAUACUCCUUGCUAUGAGAUAUGGGAUGGAACAUCUGAAUGUUGAUGUAUUUGUUGCGAAAAUCUCUACAAAAAAUUCGAGGAGCAUCAAUAUGUUCGAAAAAAUGAAUUUUGUGAAAGAGAGUGAAAGUAGAAUUUUUGAAGAAGUUACACUUAUACGACCAGUGACAGUGGAUUGGGUAGAAUGGUUGAAAAAAGAAACAGAAAUUUAUGUUAUUCUCGAAACCGAGGAGAACGUUUAAUCCCAAUAUUCCAAACAACAAUCUUCAACAGGUAAUAAAAAACUCAUAACUUGAAAAUAAUAUAAAAGUGAAAAAUAACUAACUUAGACUUAUGUUAAAUAUACAGAUAAAUUUGUUCUUA